UAUAUACAUGUAUAGGUGUGGAACAUAUGCAGGAAACUCCUUAUACAACGGGAUAAAUACAAAGGGGUACAUGGCUUAUAUUAUAACUUUAACAGUUUGAACAGGUACGUGUUGUACUAAUUUUGUGACCGUACACUUUCAGUAGCAAUACAGUAGCCUUAAAAAAGAUUAUGUUCCAAGAAUAUAUAGUUCAGAAAAAAGCAUAUGCUCAUAUGGCCACCACACACAUGUAUUAAAUCAAGUAUUAAUUAUGUAUUUAGGCUUUGCUCCAAGCACAGCUGUUCAGUACAGAUAGCGCCCUUUUGGGACCCUGAGAACUAAAAAUCUGCAUCCUCCUCCAGUUUCCUGUAAUAACCCUUUGAAGAAAGAAUGAGAGAAAAUAAUUAAGCUCCUUGUGAAUUCAUAUCAUGUAGAGAAAUAAAUGCAAUAGUUAGUGCAUGAUUGAUUCAAGCGCCCCAGUAAUAAUAAUAUUUUUCUCUGGCCAGAGACAGGACAGAUGAACAUGAUUGUACAUUUCUAACUGCAAGUUGGGAGUAGUUGAUGAUAUUUAAUCAUCAGUUGGGGAGUCGGGUCUCUCUCUAAAAAGCUACUCCCUUCGUCCCAAAAUUCUUGUCUAAUAUUUGUCUAGAUAAGGAUGGAUCUAACACUAAAACAUGACUAGAUACAUCCAUAUUUGGACAAAUCUAAGACAAGAAUUUGGGACGGAGGGAGUAUAAGCGAUAUAAAACCGUCAAGUCUUUCUUUGAAAAUACAAAAAUUAUAUAUAAGCCAUUGAUUCCAACUUUACAUGUGGGAGUCCCCCCGCAAAAAUAAAAUAAACUUUACAUGUGGGAGGGCCUUCUGUUCCAGCUACGACUAGUAAUUGUGCGACGACUAGUAAUUGACAAUACAAAGGGACAGCCGAUUGAUUGACCGAGCAAGCACAGUCGUCAUCGAUAGUUAUGGCAGCAAAACACAUGGUGUCCAUGUCUGUGAACGACGUAGCCGUAAUGGAGUUACUUAAUUGUAUAUAUCUAAAUAGAUCACAUCCGGUAUAUUUUUGUAAAUGUAAGUAAAGCAAUGAUAUUUGUUAUACCAUCUUGAUAACUAUAUCAAACAGAUCACGACCAAUUGAUCUUCACAAUUGUACUUAAACAUGUCUUACCUAGACCAUUACGAUUGUAUCUAUACAGAUUAUAGGUGUCAGAUCGUCAUAGUUUUAUGUAAGCAGUCUGUACUGUAAUCUCGCAUACAGAUCUAUUCUUGUACUUAUAAAAUACAGCGGUUGGUGCAUGAUUGAUUCGAGCUUGCUAAUAAUACAAUUCAAAGACAUAAAAAAUAAGUAGGUAUGAAGGCGGCUGUACAUUUGCUAAUGCAAGUUGGGAAUGUUUAACUAUGUAUCAGGCGAAGAAGAUAGGAAAUUGCCGAGUCUUGUCCGGUUACACAAAUAUAAUUUGGCAUGAAGCUUAAGGUAGAUAUAAAAUUGACCAGGCAGUGCUAGUCUUGUCUGGUCACACACAGUGUAGGGAAACUAUUCCAAGUUCACAUGUAGGCGGGCGCUCAGUUCCAGCCGCCUACAGUAGAUUGACCCCUGACUUGGUAACAUACUGGGGCUGUGAGACGAUAUAUACUCAAGCCAGAGCCCAUCCAUUUGAUAGCAAAUUAAGCAAAUAGAUCCCAUGGCCAACGAGCAGUUAGUGCAGCAGCAGCAGCAGGGCCAGGGCGAUGAAGACGACGACUCAAAGCUGUAUGAGUUCAAGGAGCAGCUCCUGCUGCUAUCGACUUUGGUGGCUACGGUGACAUACGUCGCCGGGCUCAACCUGCCCGGGGGAUCCUGGGAGCAGGAUGACCCGGGAGGGCACAUGGCCGGGGAUCCGAUCCUAAUGGCUACCCACUACCGCCGGUACCUUGCCUUCUACUACUGCAACGCCACAGCACUCGCCACGUCGCUCGUGGUCUCCCUCAUCCUUGUCAUCCUGCCGAAGAAUAGCACACCCUGGACCGUGGUGCUGCAGAUGGUCAUGGUGCUUGACCUACUAGGCCUCAUGGGCGCCUACGGUGCUGGGAGCUGCCGGGAUGCAUUUACAACCAUCUAUGCGGUGGCCGCCUUCUCCUUUUCGGUAUUGGUCAUCAUCUCUGUUUUUCUUUCCUUUUUGGCCAAGGCCAAUAGGGAUGAUGCUAUCAGCUCCGACGCCAUACCAAUCACCACCAAUGGUGAUGAUAAUAAGGUCCACCCCAAGUCCCUCUGUAACCUCAUGAAGAUCGGCAUAGUGAAGUUAUUCGAAAAGGGGGGUAAGAACCGGGGUGAGAAGGAGAUGGUCGAUGUGUUGAUGUUACUAGCAGCCUUUGUAGUCACAAUCACAUACGUCGCCGGGCUGAACCCGCCUAGGGGGUUCUCGACCAGCACCCAGGAAGGCCAUCGUUUGAGCGACCCGGUGUUACAAGCCCGUAACCGGUACCGCGUCUUCUUCAUUUGCAACACCACUUCAUUUGUCGUGUCCCUGCUCAUCAUUGUGUUGCUCCUGGAGAAGAAGCUGCUCGGGAAGAAGAAGUUGAGGCUUGUGGCGCUCUGCGGGUUGAUCGUCGUCGCCCUGCUGGGCCUCAUGGGGGCCUAUGCUGCUGGGAGCUGCAGAGAGGCUAGCAAAACUGUCUUGGUCCUUGCUGUUCCUGUCUGCGUAUGCCUCCUGCUGGCGCUUGUUUUCAUUUGGGGAUCACUGGUGGACCGGCUUGAUUCUGUCUUCACACGGUUCAAGCAACUGGUCAAGAUUCCUUCAGGUACGGCUCGGCUUGAUUCUGUCUUCACACGGUUCAAGGAACUGGUUAAGACUCCUUCAGGUACAUGCACAGGCACGAAUGUUGACCUACAUGAACAGAUCACUCGUGAUCUUGUUAUGCUCCUUGCUACUCUUGUGGUGACCAUCACUUACCAAGCAGGACUAGAUCCGCCUGGCGGCCUUUGGCUAGAUGACCGAGAUGGUCAUAAUAUCGGUCACCCAGUGCUCCAAACGACAUAUCCUACUAGGUACAGAGUGUUCUUCUAUAGUAACUCGGCAGCUUUCGUCACAUCCUUGGUGGUCAUCAUGAUGCUCCAGAGCAAGUUUCUGCUCAACCGGCACACACUAGAAGCAACCCUAGUGCUGGACCUAUUCGGCCUCAUCACUGCCUAUGGCGCCGGGAACACUAGGGAGGUAACCCAGUCCAUCUACAUCGUCGCCUUGGCAGGAAUUGUCCUAGUCUAUGUCAUCGUCCAUAUCACCAUUAGAGAUCAUGACGCUGAGCCAGUGGAUGAUGAAGAAGUAAAGCAUCUCGAUGACAAGCGCAAGGUACUGUUGCUGGUCGCUGUCUUGGCUGCCACCCUCACAUACCAAGCUGGCCUCACCCCGCCAGGUGGCUUCUGGUUAGCAGAUGACCGAGAGCUCGGUCACCGUGCGGGUUUCCCAAUCCUCCUUGACAAUUACACUCGCCGUUACAACACAUUCUUUUACUGCAAUGCAGCAAGCUUCAUGGCGUCGGUAACCCUCAUCCUUCUUCUUGUCAAUCCAAAGCUAUACAGGCCAGGCAUACGUUGUCGUGCGCUCUAUGUGUGCAUGCUGGUGGGCAUGUUUGGCCUCAUGGGUGCCUACGCUGCUGGAAGCUCCCGGAAUCUCAAGACCUCCGUCUAUGUAUUGACCUUGGUUGGUGCUGUGCUAGCCUUCAUAGCCUCGCUGCUAGCCAUUUUCUUGUUGGGGCCUUAUCUCAAAUCCCAAGAAGGUAGAGAUUUCUGCUUCGUCCCUUUUGGCAAAUCUCAAAAAGGUACAGAUGUGCAAGUUGUAGUAGGUCAUAGAAGUAGCAAAUCCCGUGAAGGUACAGAUGGGCAAGUUGCAGCAGGUCAUAGCAGCAACAAAUCCCAUGAAGGCACAGAUGGGAAAGCUGAAGCAGGUCAUAGCAGCGGCAACAAAAAUAGCAGCAAAAAGAAAGAAAAACUUCAAUACUUGAUGCUGCUUGGGAUCCUGGCUGCAAGUAUGACAUACCAGACUGGCCUAAAACCACCGGGUGGCCUAUGGCAGGACAACAAUGAUGGGCACUAUGCUGGCAACCCCAUUCUCCGUGACAUCAACAAGGACCGGUACAAUGCUUUCUUCUACAGCAACUCGGCCUCCUUCAUGGCCUCAAUUGUGGUUGUCGUCAUGCUGCUUCCAUUGACGUUGUUGCCCGAGAAAUACACAAUAGAGUCAUCCGAGAAAGACACAAACCUGUCCAAGAAAGACGCAGAGACACCCGACGAAGACACACAGUCGCUUGACAAAGUCCUGAACUUGCCCAAAGAAGAGACAGAGUUGCCUGACGUAGUCCCAAAGUCAGCCGAGGAAGACCCGAAGCUGCCCGAAAAAGACACAUGGCCACUCUGGCCGAUGCAUACGGCCAUCUUGCUGGACAUGAUGGGCCUCCUGGUGGCAUACGCAGCAGGCAGUACUAGGAAAUGGGAAACAUCCAGGAACAUCAUGGUCCUCGCCGUUCCUGUGUUGGCCUACAUUGGGCUCUAUGUAGCACUGUCAGUCUUCCGCCAUAGAAAAGAAGAGUCCACAGCCCCCCCACCUGCGGUACAGCCGUGGAAUCAUUGCAAGACGUGCAUGAGUGUUGGGUCAACCUUGGUCUUCCGGUGCACACAACGGCAGCAGCAGCAUUUACGUCUCAGAUGCAUGCAUGGCUGCAUGUCGGCAUGGCAGCAAGUAAAAAUCUUUUUACUAGCAAGAGCAGCAGGCGUGCCUUAGUAGCUAAGUAGUAAGAGGUCAGCAGUGACGUAGUUCACUUGUUUGACGUCAGCCUAUGCGUAGUAUAGUCGGUUCAUUACACUAUAUAUAGGGCCGAUGCCCAUCGUUGUAAGCAAGGCCAUUUCAUUUCUAUCCAGCCAAGUCUCAAGUGUAGUACUACUACAUAUGUGUGCGUGUGUGUAAGCAGCACUUGCAAGUGUGCUUUGCCAUUCUGCUUGUUGCUUCGGUAGUAUACUUGAGUGCAAGUAGUAGUAGGCUAGUACCACACAGCCGCUGCCCUGUGUAGUUCAUCUCAUCCUCGACUUCGUCCGAUCCUAAGUAGCCAGCUACUCUGUACGUAGUUCGGGCUAACAAUGAGGAGCUGCAGGUGUGUAAAUUUGCAAUCAAGUUUGGCUCAACUGCGAGCAUGCUGUGUACAUUACAGAUAUCGAGUCGAUUAUUCAUAUGUAUUUCAGCGUGAUGGCCCGUUGCAGCAUAACAAUAUAUGCAUCUUCUGUGCUGUAGCCCAUUGAAUCAAUACAGAGGCCUUUUUUGUGACAAAA